AGCUUAACUCUGGCAGACUUAACUGUUGGUUCUGGAUGUGGCGAACGGGAAGUAGGAACCGAGGAAAGGAAGAACUGUGUUUAUAAUGAGACCGCUGCUGCUGCGCUCGUCGCUCGGCUGCCUGGUGACAGUUUUCGGCUCCUUUUCUGCUUCUCGAAACAAACUCGUCACACAAGCAGCAGCCGCUCCUCAUCUGUAUUAUUUGAGAAAAACGAUGCACUAUCAAACGGAGGAGAGAGGACGCCCCAAUUCUACUGACUACCGGAUUUAUUUUAAAACCUCUGAAGGGAAAUACAUUUCACCGUUCCAUGACAUUCCACUUAUAGCAGAGACAGAAGAGGACAAUGGGGUGCCAGCUAAGAAACCCAAGAAUAAUGAAAACGAGGUACUCUUUAAUAUGGUUGUGGAGGUACCUCGAUGGUCAAAUGCUAAAAUGGAGAUUGCAACAAAGGAGUCGCUGAAUCCGAUUAAACAAGAUGUAAAGAAAGGCAAGCUGCGAUAUGUUGCCAACAUAUUUCCCCAUAAAGGUUACAUUUGGAACUACGGCGCACUCCCACAGACAUGGGAGGACCCUAACCACACAGACGCAGAAACUAAGUGUUGCGGUGAUAAUGAUCCGAUUGACGUUUGUGACAUUGGCACCCAGGUGUGCUUCCCAGGUCAGGUGAUCCAAGUGAAAGUGCUUGGCAUCUUGGCUAUGAUUGAUGAGGGAGAAAUGGACUGGAAGGUCAUCGCCAUCAAUGCUAAGGACCCGGAUGCCAAAAACCUAAAUAACAUAGAGGAUGUCCGCAAGAGUCGACCCGGUCAUUUAGAGGCCACCGUCAACUGGUUUAGGAAAUAUAAGGUGCCGGAUGGGAAGCCUGAGAACCAAUUUGGAUUCAAUGGACAAUUCAAAGACAAGGACUUUGCAGUUGCGAUCAUUAAAUCCACCCAUGAGCACUGGAGGGCACUAGUGCAGAAGCAGACAAAUAGUGGAGGGAUUGAAUGCAAAAAUAUCUCUUGCUGUGACAGCCCUUUGAAGUGCAGCGCAGAUGAGGCCAGAGAUGUGGUCCAGUUGGCCCCAGCAUUCGGUAGCCCAAAUCCUGUGUCUCCAGAGGUGGACAAGUGGCAUUUUGUCUGAAACCUCAAAGACAAUAUGGAAAUGGGGAAGAAAUUUAAACAUCUUAUGAAGGAAGGAUUUAUUUUUGUUAAGGUCUCAAUCUCAGCUGUAUAAAGUGCCAUCUACAUUUACCAUCCAGUAAUUUGUUAAAAAAGGAAAGAAAGGAUUAUACCCAGUACAUUGACAGAAUGAGCCAAUGAAGAUCUCUACUUUUCUAAUGCUGAGAAGAGAACCAGAAGCAAGAUGUGUUUUCAGGUGUCGUGUUGGACACUAUAUUGAUUUAUUGCUGGUCACACCAACUAUACUUUAGAGGUUAAACACAAAAUUAUUGGUCUCCUUUCUAUGAAAUUCUAUUAAAUUGUAAAUUAUUUUAUAUCUGUAUUGCAGUAUUUUUGUCCAGGUCCAGUCUUUCUUUGUACAGGACUGAAAUUCAUGCUGAUAUGCUCUUAUUUGCCUUUAAGACUCUAAUCUGUUUGUACUUGAAACCACAAACACAAUGUCAUUUGUUUGUAACAACUGAACAGUUUCUUCUUGUUUGGAUACAUAAUAAAAUUAAGGUGUGAACAUGA